AUGCCCUUUUCCCGCUGAAUUGACUUUGACUGAGUUAUCGUCGUCGCCACAAACCAUACUCUGGUUCACGUUAACGUGUCACAGACUCACAGAGAGAAGAUUUUAUAAAUGGGAGGUUAAUGAUGUUAAACCCAAAUCAAAGGAAAUUUAACCAUGUCUUCUCCCGCCUCUUUCAGCUUCCUUUUCCUUUUUAUUUUCUCCUUCCUCGCUAGUUUCAGAGCAACUGCUCAAAACCCUAGAUUCCUACACAACUCUUGUCCAAACACGACAUUAACUUAUUCAAGGAACAGCACUUACUUCACCAAUCUCAAAACCCUUUUGUCCUCUCUCUCUUCCCGCAACGCUUCCUACUCCACCGGAUUCCAAAACGCUACGGUCGGAAAUGACCCCAACAGAGUCACCGGACUUUUCCUUUGCCGCGGUGACGUCUCGCCGGAAUUCUGCCGUAGCUGCGUCACCGUUUCCGUCAACGACACCUUAAAUAAGUGUCCGAAUCAGAGAGAGGUCGUGCUCUAUUACGAUGAGUGCAUGCUCAGAUACUCUCACCACAAUAUUCUAUCGAACGUUACAUACGAUGACGAAUUCAGCAUGAUUAACGCCAAUAGUAUUUCAUCUAGUCAAGAAGACCGGUUCCAAGAUCUUGUGUCGUCCAAGAUGAACCAAGCUGCCUUUGAAGCAGCGAGAAGUUCUAGAAAGUUCGCUACGAUUAAGGCCAAUUGGACUACAGGCAAUAAUUUGUACGGCCUGGUCCAGUGCACUCCUGAUCUGACGACACACGACUGCUUGAGUUGUCUGAAAAAAUCCAUCGAUCGACUAAGUUUUGACAAAGUUGGGGCAAGACUUCUUUGGCCAAGUUGUGGUUCAAGGUACGAACUUUACUUGUUCUACAACGAAACCACCGUUACAACACCACCACCACAACAAGCACCACCACUGCUUCCUCCGCCCGGCUAUACUUCUCCAGUGUCAUCUCCUCCACGACCUGGGAAAGGUGUGAAUAUAAGUGUGUUAGUAGUAGCCAUCGUUGUGGUGGCUAUUGUAGUGGCUGCUCUGUUUUUCAUAGCCGGUUAUUGUUUCCAUGCAAAGAUGAAAAAGAAGUCUUCUUAUUCUGCACCAGCCUUUAAUGGAGAUGAUAUAACAACCAUAGAGUCACUGCAACUUGAUUAUAGAACAAUUCAAGGUGCAACAAAUGGUUUUUCAGAGAAUAAUAAAAUUGGCCAGGGUGGAUUUGGCGAGGUUUACAAGGGUACAUUUUCGGAUGGGACUGAAGUUGCGGUGAAGAGACUGUCAAAAUCAUCACGACAAGGUGACACAGAGUUCAAGAACGAAGUUGUUGUUGUUGCCAAGCUUCAGCAUAAAAAUCUGGUUAGGCUUCUCGGGUUUUCUCUAGAACGAGAAGAAAGGAUAUUGGUCUAUGAGUAUGUGCCCAACAAAAGCCUUGAUUACUUCCUCUCUGACCCUGCAAAGCAAGGUCAACUGGAUUGGACUGGACGAUACAAGAUAAUUGGAGGGAUUGCUAGGGGGAUUCUAUAUCUUCAUCAAGAUUCACGACUCACAAUCAUACACCGUGACCUCAAAGCAAGUAACAUUCUCUUGGAUGAGGAUAUGAAUCCUAAAAUUGCAGAUUUUGGAAUGGCUAGGAUCUUUGGAAUUGACCAAACACAGGAGGACACAAGCAGAAUAGUUGGUACCUACGGUUACAUGUCUCCUGAAUAUGCGAUGCAUGGCCAUUUCUCAAUGAAAUCUGAUGUCUAUAGCUUCGGAGUGUUAGUUCUUGAAAUUAUAAGCGGUCGGAAGAACAGCAGCUUCUACGUGACAGAACGGUGCACACAUGACUUGGUGACAUAUGCUUGGAGGCUUUGGAGUAACGGAACAGCAUUAGACCUCGUGGAUCCAAUCAUUGUAGAGAACUGCCAAAAGAGUGAUGUGGUUCGAUGUAUCCAUAUUGGUCUUUUAUGUGUACAAGAAGAUCCUGUACAACGUCCGACCAUGCGAACCAUUUUCAUGAUGCUCACCAGUAAUACUGUGACUUUACCAGUGCCUCGGCAACCCGGGUUUUACGUUCAGAGUAGACCAAGAGAAGACCCGCUUGGUUCAGAUCAAUAUAUGAUAACCAAGUCUGUUCCAACGUCUGUUGAUGAUUCAUCCAUCACUGAUUUAUAUCCUCGUUGAAUAUGAUGUUUGUAACACCUACCUUCAAGCUUGAAUCGUCAACAAACGUGGAAAACAAGUUAAAACGUUUUUUUAAGCUUUUCAUUUUUCGGGUCAACUGAUAUCAAAUAAUUUGGCU